AUGAGCGUGAUGAAUGUAAUGGGUGAUCAGCAAAGUGGCUCCGAGUCGUCGUCGAUGAAUCUGAUGGGUAGAACGAUGACUAUCGGCAUGUCGGAUGAGGGUGUUCAGGAGGAAGAAGAACCAGACGAGGAUGUGGAGAUAUACAUGUCCGUGAUGUGGCAUGCGGGGACGCUUGCCGUGUCAUAUUAUAACUCGGGGGACUGCUGUGUGCGCUUCAUGCCGGAUACUGCAGAUACUGACCAACUCAGGCUCCUUUCUAGAGUUGUGUUUGAUCUAAAACCAAGAUGUAUUGUGACGAGCGCGAAACAAGAUCAGACCCUGUCAGACUUUUUCCAGACUUUGAGCGCCGAAGGGCAGAAUGAUGGACGGUUAGGACCCGAAAUAGUUCUAUUUCCAAAUGUGGAUUUUGGGCUGCAGGUCAGUAAACAGAGAAUUCUGGCCGGGAACUUCCCUGCUUUACCUUCUAAACUCACUGAAACGGAGAAGAUCCUGCACCUCUCCUCCAUCAUCCCCUUUGACUGUCCGCUCAUGGUGAGAAGUUUCAACCUAAUUAUCCCCCUCCCUAUUAUCCAUCCCUUUCAGAUCCGUACGCUGGGAGGGCUGUUGAAGUUCUUGGAUCGUAGAAGGAUUGGUGUUCAGCUAGAAGACAGCAGCGUAGGAGUCCCUAUACUGAGCCUCAGAAAAUAUGUGUUGACUGAUAUCGUGGAUAUGGAUCACGACACGUAUAGCGUCCUGCAGAUAUUCAAAAGUGAGGUCCAUCCAUCGGUGUAUAAAAUGUCCUCAAGCGUGAAGGAAGGACUGAGUCUGUAUGGGCUUCUGAACCGUUGCCGAUCCAGGUGGGGCGAAAACACAAUGAGACUGUGGAUGAUGCAGCCCACCCGGGACCUGGCCACGCUGAAGUCUCGUCUGGACGUCAUUGAGUUUUUCAUGAUCCCUCGUAAUCUGGAAAUUGCGCAGAACCUCCAGAGCUGUCUGAAGAGCAUAAAGAACAUCCCUCUGAUAUUAAAGCGCAUGACGCUCUCUAAUACCAAGGUGUCUGACUGGCAGGCUCUCUACAAGACCGUGUACAACGCUGUGUGUAUCGGAGACACCUGCCGGUCCCUGCCUCAGACCGUCUGUCUUUUCUCUCGCACCUCAUCAGCCUUCAGCAACGACCUCCGCUAUAUUGCCAGCAUAAUCAGCAAAGUGGUGGAUUUUGAGGAAAGCCUGGCGGAGAAGCGGUUCUGUAUUAAACCCUUUGUGGAUCCUGCUGUGGAUGAAAAGAAACGUCGGCUGCAGGGACUGUCAGAUUUUCUCACCGAGGUUGCCCGAAAAGAGCUGGACACCUUGGACAGCAACAUCCCAUCCUGCUGUGUAAUCUACAUUCCUCUGAUUGGAUUCCUUCUGUCCAUCCCACGUCUCCCAUUCAUGCAGAACAAGAGCGACUUUGAGAUUGCAGGCCUGGAAUUCAUGUUCCUGUCAGAGGACAGACUCCACUACAGAAGCGCCCGAACCAGAGAGCUGGAUUCAUUACUGGGAGAUCUUCACUGUGAUAUCAGAGAUCACGAGACUAUGAUCAUGCAUCAGCUGCAGACUUUGAUACUGGAGAGGUCAGCUGUGCUGUAUGAUGUGACUGAGUACGUUGGGCAACUGGAUGCCCUCCUUGCAUUGGCAGUCGCUGCCCGGGAAAAUGGAUAUGUACGCCCUCGUUACACUGCAACAAACACCAUCCGCAUCAAGGAUGGGAGACACCCACUAAUGGUGUUCUGCUCUGGAACAUUUGUCCCAAAUUCUACUCAGAGUGAAGAGAAAGAAAAAAGAAUAAAAAUACUAACAGGACCCAACUCGUGUGGAAAGAGCGUAUAUCUGAAGCAGGUUGGUCUUAUUGUCUUCAUGUCUAUGAUUGGAAGCUACGUCCCGGCCGCAGAUGCAGAGAUCGGCCCCAUCGAUGGGAUCUUCACACGGAUCCAAACCCGGGAGUCUGUAUCACUUGGUCUUUCCACCUUCAUGAUUGAUUUGAAUCAGGUGGCAAGAGCUGUGAAUAAUGCAACUGAGAAGUCACUGGUUUUAAUCGAUGAAUUUGGCAAAGGAACCAAUACGGUAGAUGGCCUGUCUCUCUUAGCUGCUGUUAUCAGACACUGGAUAAAUCAGGGGUCUCAAUGUCCUCACAUUUUCUUGUCUACAAACUUCCACAGCUUAAUACAGCUCAGAAUACUCCCAGACGACCCUCUCUUACAUUAUCAGACCCUGGAGUGGUGCCUGGAUGGAGAAGAGCUGGUGUUUUUCUAUCAGAUGAAAGACGGGGUGUCGGAAGCAAGCCAAGCGGCCAGGGUGGCAGCCAUGGCUGGUUUACCAGCCAAUAUUAUCAGGCGAGGAAUGGAGGUGUCGGAGCUGUUCCGAAGCGGUCGCGCUAUCGAGUGCCUUAACCCGGAAGCAAAGAAAGAAAAAAUGAAAAAGUGUAAGAAUAUGGUCUCGUCUUUCCUUAGUCUUGACCUUGAGGAUCCGCAGCUUGACUUACAAAAUUAUAUGACCAACCAAGUUCUCCCGUCAUCUAACAUCCUAUAAGCACGUCCACCGUCCCACCUCAGCCUCGUAAUACCGUAUGUCCGUCUGUGUGCGGUGAAUUCAGGGUUAAAAAUAUUAAAAGUUCUAAUUAAAGACCUUGAAUUUUCAGUCUAUAAUCUCAUUACGCGCCAACUAUUACACCGGUGAACUUACCCCUUCUGACACAAAGCAUUUCAUGGGGUUAGUUUGUAGGAGUCGCCCUA